CCUACCGCCAUGUGAGUUUACGUUGGACACAAAGAUGCCAUAUUAUUUUUUUCUGUCUCUUGUUGUUGUUUCUGCUAAGAAAAAUACUGCGUUAAAAAGAACAUUAAGCGAUUAUUGAAAUUGAGAAUAGUGCAUUUAAGAAGUUACAGGAAAGACUGGAUUCCUGGGUUUCCGAAGAAAGAGUAUGCCGAAGAAUGCGAAAUGCGUGGUACCGCAUUGCGGCCACGCUCACCAAAAGAAUAAAGCAUGUACUUUUGCGAGAUUUCCGAGACAAACUGACCGAUGUAAAGAGUGGGUGCGAACGAUUGGCGUAAAGGAUCUGCUACAUUUAUCUGUUGAAAAACUUAAUGCUAUUCGUUAUGUGUGUGGAUGUCACUUUACUGUUGAUCAGUUCAUGACGCCGUCCAAAAAGAAGUUAAAAGAUACCGCUGUACCAUCUGUAUUCGAUCCACGAGUUAUUGCUCUGGAUGACGGUUUAUUGGAAAAUUUCCCACUCUCAGAUGUUAUCAAAAUUCCCACUGCAGCUAAAACAGUACAAUUAUCUCAUCAACACUUGGAGGGGAUGCGUCUGAACCAUUUACAUCUCAAUAAACGUGACAAAUUAGCAGAUACAGUAAAUACACCUUCACAUAAUAAUGAAGAAUCAUUGUUCAGGGUUACAGUGGAUAAUCACACACAGUUCUUCUCUAAAACUACUGAGAUCCAUCUUACACCGAAACAUAUCUCUAAUGAGUAUGCAUCAUCGUAUGUAAUUAAUGAGGAGAAUCAAUCGUCACCACUAGAACAACCCUCCACGAAAGCAACAAUGAUAGAAAUCUCGCAAAAAGAAAGUGAAGAUAUUGCGCACAACAAUACCUUGAAUUCUAUGACUCCAAAACGGGGGAUCAAAAGGAAACGUUACCGACCAUCCAGUGAAUUCUACAUAAUCUCGAGACAGGAUGUAAAAUUUGCAGAAGGUAAUUGGUUGAAUUCUGUGUCCUUCCUCGAUGCUAUAGAAUGGGAUGCACACAUGGAGCGGAACAUAAAUUGCAUAAUUGAAGAAUACCGCCAUAUUUACUAUAGGACAUACAUUCAACCUACAGUGAAGUUGCCAGUGAUUAUUAGUCAGUUCUUCAAAGUUCGAAUGGAGAUACGAUUUUGCUGAGGAUGGCAUUGGAGAGACUGCCCAUGCAAUGUUGUUCGCGACAUGGAUGUUUAGUAUCAGGUCCAGAUACGAAUUUCGGCUAAUUAGACUCGACAACA